AUGAAACUCUCACUCGAAGGACUCAAGACGUCUGUCGACCCUCACAAGAUUUUCGAGCGGACUGUGCCCGAGUCGAUAGGCUCGCGCAGCGUACCUGCGACUUCGGCUACUGAACAUGCAGCGUGCCCAGUGUGCGGACGAGCCCUAUCAGACGCGUUCCCGCCCUCGCUUGGAACAGGCGGCAUUUUCGGUAAUACUGGUACACCCGGCGGCAGCCCGCUAGUUGUACCCCCUGGCCCACUCGCUACUGCUGCAUUCGAAAGCGGCUUAAGUGCUGUUGAAGAACUCAAACUCUUAAAGACUCAAGUGACAGAUGUCUCUCGUGUCUGUCAGGCUGUUGCUCGAGGCGAUCUCUCUCAGAAGAUCACCGUCCCCGUUCAGGGAGUUGUUAUGAUCCAGCUCAAGGACGUUAUCAAUACCAUGGUGGAUAAGCUCGGACAAUUCGCGCAAGAGGUUACACGAGUAAGUCAGGAAGUCGGAACAGAGGGUAAACUUGGGGGACAAGCGCUUGUGCUUGAUGUGGAAGGCACAUGGCGUGAACUCACUGGCGUUGUCAACAACCUUGCGGCUAAUCUUACGUCUCAGAUCCGUUCGAUCGCAGCGGUCACGAAAGCCGUCGCACUCGGGGACCUCUCGAAACAAAUCGAAUUGGAUGCGCGGGGCGAGAUUUUGGAUCUUAAAAACACGGUCAACGGAAUGGUUAUUCGACUUAGGGCAUUGGCGGCAGAGGUAACACGUGUAACAUUGGAAGUCGGAAGUCAAGGCAAAUUGGGCGGUCAGGCAGUCGUACCGGAUGUCGAGGGAGUAUGGGAGCAGCUUACAGUCAACGUGAACCGCAUGUGUUCGAACUUGACGGACCAAGUGCGAUCGAUCGCUGCUGUGACGACUGCUGUCGCACGUGGUGACUUGACACAGAAAGUGGAGAUCCAAGUCGAGGGUGAAAUGGCGACGUUGAAGGAAACUGUCAACUCGAUGGUUGACCAAUUGAGCACCUUCGCGAGUGAAGUGACGCGUGUCGCCCUUGAAGUCGGCACACAGGGAAUUCUUGGAGGACAGGCCCGUGUGGAGGGAGUGCAGGGCACAUGGGCAGACUUGACCCGUAAUGUCAAUAAAAUGGCGAGCAAUCUCACGAAUCAAGUGCGUUCUAUUUCGGAAGUUACGAAGGCGGUCGCGCACGGGAACUUGUCCAAGGUCGUCGAUGUCGACGUACAGGGUGAAAUGCUUGACCUUAAGGAGACUGUAAAUAGCAUGGUGGCCCAACUUUCAUCUCUUGCAAAUGAAGUCAUCCGUGUCUCGAUUGAGGUCGGUACAGAGGGCAAGCUUGGUGGACAGGCCGUUGUAUCCGAUGUACAAGGAGUAUGGAAGAGCCUUACGGACAACGUAAACUUAAUGGCCAUGAAUCUCACGGACCAGGUACGCUCAAUUACAGAAGUGACGAAGGCCGUCGCGGGCGGCGACCUCACAAAGAAGAUCACCGUAAACGUACGCGGCGAGAUUCUUGACCUGAAGGAAACGGUGAACGGCAUGACGGAGUCCUUGCAAGUAUUCGCAGAUGAAGUAACUCGUCUUGCGCGUGAAGUCGGAACUGAGGGUCGACUCGGUGGUCAAGCGCGUGUGACGAAUGUUGGUGGAACUUGGAAGGACCUUACUGAUAACGUGAACGCUAUGGCUGCUAAUUUGACGUUACAAGUGCGAACGAUCGCUGUCGCUACCACAGCCGUAGCGAAGGGUGACUUGACGCAAAAGAUUACUGGUGUCAGCGUCCAGGGCGAAAUCUUAGACCUCGUAAACACUAUCAACGGCAUGAUUGACCAGCUUGCUAUGUUCUCCGCCGAAGUUACGAAAGUCGCACGAGAAGUCGGAACGGAAGGCAAACUAGGUGUACAAGCGGAAGUUGGUAACGUCCAAGGCACAUGGCAAGAAAUCACUAUGGCCGUGAACACGAUGGCUGGGAACUUGACGACACAAGUGCGAGGCUUCGCGCAGAUCAGCGCGGCGGCCAUGGACGGCGACUUUACUCGAUUCAUCACUGUCGAGGCAUCUGGUGAAAUGGACUCCCUCAAGACUCAGAUCAACCAAAUGGUGUACAACUUGCGCGAGUCGAUCCAGAAGAACACUGCUGCGCGUGAAGCUGCUGAGUUGGCGAAUAGGAGCAAGUCGGAGUUCCUUGCGAAUAUGUCUCAUGAGAUUCGGACGCCAAUGAAUGGGAUUAUUGGGAUGACGGAGCUUACGCUUGAUAGUGACCUUAAUCGAAGUCAGCGAGAGAGUUUGUUACUGGUGCAUAGUUUGGCGAGGUCGUUAUUACUUAUUAUUGAUGAUAUCUUGGAUAUCUCGAAGAUUGAAGCUGGUCGGAUGACGAUGGAGCAGGUCUCGUACUCAUUACGGCAUACCGUCUUCGGGAUCCUCAAGACGCUCGUCGUGAGAGCUUCGCAGAACAACUUGGACCUGACGUACGACGUGGACCCUGAUAUCCCGGAUCAGCUUAUCGGUGAUUCGCUCCGUCUUCGACAGGUUAUUACGAACCUCGUUGGGAAUGCGAUCAAGUUCACGCCGAGUAAGGUUACGAGGAAAGGACAUGUCGCGCUUUCGUGUAGACUCGUGUUACUUGAGGAGACAACUGUGAAGCUUGAGUUUUGUGUUAUGGAUACGGGGAUUGGGAUUGCGAAGGAUAAGUUGAACCUUAUAUUCGAUACGUUCUGUCAGGCGGAUGGCUCGACGACUCGAGAAUACGGUGGAACAGGUCUCGGUCUAUCGAUCUCGAAACGUCUAGUGUCCCUCAUGAAUGGGAACAUGUGGGUUGAGAGUGAGCUCGGGAAGGGAAGCAAGUUCUUCUUCACCAUCUCCUCGCAAAUCUCGCAGUCGUCAAUAGAAAGUAUCCUAGCCAAGAUGCAACCAUUCCAGAAACGAACGAUCCUGUUCGUUGACACACUUAAUGAUAGGACAGGCGUUGCGGAUCGAAUCUCGGAGCUUGGUCUGAGACCGCAUCUCGUUAAGGAUGUUGCAGAAGUCUCGGACAAGGAACGUUGCCCGCACUUUGAUACAAUCCUUGUUGAUUCUCUCCCUGUGACUGAACAAAUUAGGGAAUACGAACAUCUUCGAUAUAUACCCAUUGUUUUACUCGCUCCGUCUAUCCACAGAUUGAACCUGAAAUGGUGUCUAGACAACAGCAUCUCCUCCCAAGUAACAACACCCGCAACCGCCCAAGACCUCUCAGCCGCCCUAAUCAGCGCCUUAGAAAGCAACACCGUCUCACCAGUAGCAGCUCCCAACGACGUAACCUUCGAUAUCCUUCUCGCCGAGGAUAACCUUGUGAACCAGAAGUUAGCUGUGAAGAUAUUGGAGAAGUACGGACAUGCUGUUGAGAUUGCCGAGAAUGGAAGUCUUGCGGUUGAUUCGUAUAAGUUGAGAGUUGCGCAGGGACGGCCGUUUGAUAUUGUUCUCAUGGACGUAUCGAUGCCGUUUAUGGGAGGAAUGGAAGCUACGGAGCUUAUCCGUGCGUUUGAGCUUCAUGAGGGGCUUGACCGAACGCCGAUUAUCGCUCUCACUGCACAUGCCAUGAUCGGCGAUCGUGAACGGUGUCUACAAGCCGGAAUGGACGACCAUAUUACGAAACCGCUAAGGAGAGGAGACCUAUUGAACGCGAUUAACAAGCUUGCGGGUGAGAAGGCGCAGAAGCAUCGAAGGAAACAUCGGGCUGCUAUCGCUGAACAGAUGCUGCGAUGA